UGAUGCAAUCUUUGCAACUAUUAACUUUAAGCUUUGCUUAUUAGCUUCACUUCACUUUCUAUAGUAACUUAACUUAGCUCGUUUUUCUUUUUCACGCUAAAGUCGGCUCGACCUUCACUUUAUGAAUACAUCCAGGCAUCAAGGGGUCGGGCCUAAUCUUCCUUUUUUAAGAACAAGGCCUCCUACUCAACAACAUAACACUCCUCUUUCGACUUUUUCUUUCGAGUCACAGCAGUCGACACAACCUUCUCAGCAUAUACUUCGAAACUCACAAUCUAAGCCUAAAGCCUAUUCUUUAUCAACACACUACUCUCCUUACAACUUAUCAAUACCCGUUCCAACGCAACAAUCCUCCUUUCCGACUUUAAAUCACCACGAAGAUGGCCCUAUAAAUCAUGCUCACGAAGAGCUUAUAGAGCGCUCCUUUUCUAAUAAUCGGUUUUUGAGUGUCAAUACUACGAGAUUGCAAGAUUUUCACAAGGCGUCACUUAAAUCAGAAUUUAGUUUGUAUAAUGAAGACUUUCCCGCGUUACCCGGCACCUCCACGGCAAAUUCUAUACAUUUUUCUAUGAACUCGCCGUCGCUUCAGACACAAACACGGGCACAUCAAGACCCUUCAGCCCCUUCAGAUUCAAUCGAAUCUCUCGAAUCGAAAACUUCAGAAACUGAAAGGAGCACUCUCUCGAUGCACCCGCCCACACCUCCGUCGACUCAAAAAAAGAAAUCGAGCGACUUAAAAAAUCAGUGUUUUUCCUCUGCAAUCACCCUGAAGAAGUAUUCUGCUCCUCAUAAGCACCCUCCCUCUUUAUUGAAGUCUUCUCGCGCGGGACAACCCUCUUAUAAGGCGCAACAGCAGUCUCAGUCUGUAGCGUCGGUGGCCUCGCAAAUCCAGCCGCCUCCUUACUAUAGACCCGCCCCGUUCCAGCAGGGUCUGACUACAUGUACUUCGCAUUCCCAGCCGUCGCGUUCGUUUGUUGAGCCAAAUAACUUCUCGGGCCAACAGGAUCCUUAUGGCAUGCACGGUCUUCUGAGAGCCCUUCAAGUGGCUGACACGGAUUGGAAUUUACUAGCAUUAGGCCUGGACUUAUCUACGCUGGGUCUGAACUUCAAUUCAACAGACUCACUCAUUUCUUCUGGGACCAGCGCCUCGCCCUCAAACCCUGAAGAUGAAUACAGGGCCCCCAGCUGCUAUAUGUCUGUGCCGCCUGCACUCCCCCUCGCCACCUCAAAGAUUAAACAUUUACCAGAGGAGUGCUUGUUUUAUAUAUUCUACGCUAUGCCGCGUGACGUUUUGCAGCAGGCGGCAGCGGCUGAACUGUAUAAUCGAGACUGGCGCUUCCAUCGUACGUUGAAGCUUUGGUUCACUCGCAUGAUGGAUUCGGGACAAACUGGCGAACCUCCUGAGAAGAGCUCGUUCGUAUACUUUGACGUGGUCACUUGGCAGAAACAAAUAAAAAAGGACUUUCUCCUGUCCUACGACCUAAUAGACGACGUAAAACUUGCGCUUCCCUCGUGAAUUUAUAUGAUGGCUGUAAAUAUCCUACUUUGUUUUUAAUG